GAUGAUGAUGAUGAAGAGGAGGAGGUUGAGGAGAUAAAUGCCAGCAAACCCAAAAUCUUACCUGGACACGACAUACCACAUGAUGGUGAAGGUGAUUACCAACACGAGGAGCAGUAUCUUGACCACCAACAGUGUGAAGAGAUUGAUGGAGUCUCAUGUAAAUCUUUAUCUCUGUCUUCUCACUGCAGUGCUGGAGGUUUGAAUGGUGGCGAUGAUCAGACAGACUGUGAUGACAAUAAGGAACAAGAAGGUUGCAGAAAGUCUCACAAAGAUCCCCUGGCUCCUAAAUUAGAGGCAAAGCUCAUCUCAAGUGUUUCGACACAACCCAGCUCCUCUCCAAGUAGUGAUGAAGGGAUGAGUUCAUCUGAUGAAGAUGAGAAAUUAAGUCCUUAUGAAAUAAUGGGCAGUGAGAUAGAUGAAACCAAAGCAGACGCAGCUGGAGACACCGAGCCCGGCAUUUUGGAUGAGUUGUCAGCUUAUGAGCUAGAUAUCCUGCUCGUCGAUGUCACCCAAGAGGAUCCAGAGCUGUUUGAAAACUUACCAGAUAAAAGUCUGCUGAAACUGGGCCCCACAAGAGUCAGUGAAGCCCAGAAAUCCAGACCACCAAAGAUGGAUAAAGCAUCAGCAAAAUGUAACCACAGAACGCCAGUUUUUGUAAAUUUUCACCGUGGCAGUCCGGAUAUCGCAGAGGAGAAAGGCAGCAGACCCUGGAGACCUCAGGGCAACAGCAACAACCCCUCCAACACAGGACUUGCCUCAGACAAGCAGUCUGGGAACAUGGUUCAGUCUGAUGUCAACAAUAAUCACAUAGGUGACGGCCUGGAGAGGAGGAACUCCCCAUAUAACACCCCCCCACUUAAGACAUUAAGAAACGGGCCGUGGAGCACAAACCCAGCAAACACGAUGGAUUUCAGGCGCCAGAAAUCUCCUGCAUACUGCAGAAAGUAUUUCAGUGAGUCGCUGUCCUGUGGAUUCAAAAUGUGUCGAUUCCAGCAUGUGCCUGUGGAGGGGGAUGAGAAGUUCUGCAUUGAAAGAGUGUCACAAUUCAUCAAAAAUCCAAUGUGUCUCCAAAAAGCAGGAGCUGUGUUUAUAGGCUACUACCAGAACAACCCACCUGGACUGUAUUUCUCUGUGCCGGUGUUCACGUCGCUCCUCUGGGCUCUGCUCAAAGCCAACAUGCUGUCCGAUGUCCUCUCAGUCCUCAGUGUCAGCUUGGCCUACAAGAUCGUGCCCGACCAUGAGUUCCUGUUGGCCCUCUUCAAGGUUGUGAGAGAGAAGGGCCUCAUGGGUUUCAUACAUGAACUCAUGCAGCUCACACUCAAGAUGGCCAAUGAGGGUCUUGUGUUGAGUUUGGAUUGGCUUGAAUGUGUAAAAAACUCCCCCGAGCUCCAGCAUCUGCUCCGUCCAAACUCUCCUACUUCAGUGUCUGCUAACCACGAUGCUCCCUUUCCAGAGUGCCUGAAGUUGGCUCACUCUAUUGUGGAAAUAGAGCUUUGUACCAAGCAAGAGGACUGGAGGUGGAUGGGAAAGGUUUUCACUUACAUCUGUCAGUCCAGCACUCAUCCCAAUAAUGUGGAACAGAUCUGCGGUCGCAUCGCUAUCGCGCUUCUGUCCGAGAGCAAGGGCAAAAUGUCUCUGCCCUUUGCUGCCUUUGCUGAGACGGAGUGA